UUUGGGAAGGUGAGAGUCCUGGAGACGGAUGGUGGGGGUGGUUACAACAGCGGGGGUGCACUUAAUGCCACUAAACUGCAUCCUUCAAAAUCCUCGAGAUGGUCAGUUUUACGCUGUGUGUGUUUUGUCACAGUCUGAAACGCUGAGUCCGGCUUUGGGUCAAGGGCCCGGCUCUGAGUCUGCUCUGCUGAGGGUCAGCUCUGGGCCUAGGCCGUUCACUUAACUCCUGGGAUGAAGUGGGAAAUCCCUCCCUUCCAAGAUCAAAUGAGCCGGUAGGGGGUGGGGGGUUGGUGCAGGAAUCUUCUAGAUGUGGGACAGUUUUGGGUUGGGUACCCUUGGGUCACUGGCGGCACACCGUCAGCCGCCUGCCACCUACAGGAUGGGAAGGACCCCGGGUGCCCUGCUGGAGACACAGAGCAGUGACCUCAAGCCGCAGGCUCUGCUGCCCCUCAGGCUGACCCCUAAUGGCACCUGUCCUGUCCCAGGUGUAGGCAGCGACCACGCAGAACGGGGGGCCGGAGCCACCCUUCCUGCCAACCAGCUGCCUACGGACACCAUGUCCCAUGGACACACCCGGUCACGCCCAUCCUGUGCUGCUGGGCUCCUCAAGCAUCAUCUGUUGGUUCGUCCGGUUCUUCAAGUACAUAUACGGCCUUCGCUUUGAGAUAAAGGGUCGCCAGAAGCUGGAGGAGGACCGCUCCUGUGUCAUCAUUUCAAACCACCAGAGCAUCCUGGACAUGAUAGGCCUCGCGGAGGUCGUCCCGGAUCGCUGCGUGCCGAUCGCCAAGCGGGAGCUGCUGUUCCUGGGGCCCGUGGGCCUGAUCAUGUACCUGGCGGGCGUCUUCUUCAUCAACCGGCAGCACUCCAGGAUGGCCAUGACCGUGAUCACCACCGUGGGCGAGCACAUGGUCAGGGAGAAGCUUAAAGUGUGGAUCUACCCCGAGGGCACACGGAACGACAACGGAGAUCUGCUGCCUUUCAAGAAAGGUGCCUUCUACCUGGCAGUCCAGGCCCAGGUGCCCAUCAUCCCCGUGGUGUUCUCCAGUUUCUCCUCCUUCUACAACACUAAGACGAAGCUCUUCACCGCAGGGACCAUCAAGGUAGAGGUGCUGGACGCCAUUCCCACCAGCGGCCUCACUGUCGACGAUGUCCCCAAGCUGAUGGACACCUGCCACCAGGCCAUGAGGGCCUGCUUCUUCCACAUAUCCAAGACAGCCCAGGAGAACGGGGCCCCUGCAGGGCCUGAUGUCCGGCCAGCCCAGUAGCCAGGGCCUGGGACAGGGCAGGACCUGUCCGGAGAAUGGACAGAGGGACCCUGCCCACUGAAAAGCACCGUGUCCCCUCCCUCGGCUCCCCCGCUUCCACUCAGGCCCUGGAAGCAGGGGGCCCCUUCCUGUCACUGGCCUCAGAUCCAGGCCCCAGAUGUCCCUGUAAAGGAGUCAGCCAGAACCUCCCGCGGCUCUGAGGACAGGGCCUUGCCCACCCUUGUGCCCCCAGGGUCCGCGUAGGAGCAGGUCUGGGCCCCGGGGGGUGCGGAGGGAUGCUCCGGGGUCCCAGCCGCGGCCUGCAUCAGGCUCUCAGGGAGAGACAGGGGCUGAGGAGAGAGCAGGACACCUGGGCUCCUGCCACCUGGGCCUCAGGGAGCCUGAAAGCAGGGUCUGCGGCUCCCACCGUCCCUGGGGAGCAAGUCUGCUGAAUCUGGACCGCGCUCCAUCGUUGUUUUUUAUAAACACACUCUUGGAAGUGU